AUGGUGGUAGCGAAGAAAAUGUCGAAACCAGUAUUAAAAGUGUCAAUGGAUUCAGAAUCCGAGGAAGAAUCCUCCAGCACAGAGGGGCCCUCAGAGUCGGAGAAUGAAGCUGAAAAUUCAAAUAACGCAGAGGCUGAAGUUGAAUUCACAAAUUCAGAUAUUGGUGAAAAUGCUGAUGCAGAAAGUGAUGAUUCUGAUGGUGAAGAUAAUAGCAAUGAGGAUGUCCUUAUAUCUAAUGAAGGCUGGGCAGAUUCCAUAGCUAAAAUUUUAGGAUCAAAUAAGCCUAAGAACAAAAAAACAUUAGUGUUAUCAAGAGCAAAAAAACAUUCAGUUAUGACAAAAGUUGUAAAAGAUGCAAAACCUGAAUUUGAAGUCAUAGGUGACAAUGAGAAGGAAGAAAAAAUUGCAGUUAAGAAAGAAGAGUCAAUAGUCUCUGAACCACCACCUAAAAAAACAAAACAUAGUAAACCUUCGAUUAGAAUAAAACCGAAUGUACUAGAAAAAGAUAGAGAAAGAUUACUAUCCAAAAUUGCUACCAAAGGUGUAGUACAGCUAUUCAAUGCUGUCAGAAAUCAACAGAAAACUAUACAAAGUGAAAUGGACAGAAAUGAUUUGCCUGAAAGUAAGAAAGAAAAAAUUUUAAAGAAAUUUGACAAAAGAGCCUUUUUGGAUACAUUGAUGGGACAGAGCAAGUCAAUAGUUGUUGAUGAAGAAACAAGGGUAACAAAGAAUGAAGUAAAAGAUGAAGAUAAACUUAAAUGGGGUGCGCUAAGGGAUGACUUCAUGAUGGGUGCUAAAAUGAAAGACUGGGAUAAAGAGUCUGUAGAUGAAUGA